GAUACGGGUAAUGACACGGGAUAAUCAAGAGCGUGGAGCUUCCCUCCAGCUCUAGGCUGGAACUGGGAAGUCUAGGAGUCUAAGACGCGCCGCAAUGAGGGGCAGCCGUCAGUCGCACAGAACACCGCCUGGUUAGCAAUUGAGACGAUGCGCGAUCUUCGUCGUUUCUCAUCUACGGCACGGCAUAGGCACAGCGCAGCUUGCUCACUCAUCCUCCCAGAACAUCUGUAACUUGGUCGCAUUCCCCAUCCUGAUUGCGUUCCUCCUCCACAUCCCUCCAACCCCUCCAAUCCUGACCCAUCACACCGUUUCCUGCGGGCCGAGGACUGCGGUCAUAGCUAUUUAAUCCAUUGCGCGCCGGUCCACGAUACCCGUAGCUUCACUUCUGCUCUCACUCUUCUCACUCGCCCAUCAUUCAGCGUACUGAUUGUCUCUACCUUUCUCCAACGAUACCCCUUUUGCUCAGGAGACUGUGAACUUUGUGACGAACGCCCAGCCGAAAGUUAAUCUUGUGCUUCUCUCGGUGGAACGAGCACCGACCAAAUUCAAAAAAAACCCAUCCCACACCGAAUCAUCCCUCUUUCCGUAACCCCGCAAUCCAUUCAUCAUGGCCGGCACUGAGGGCAAAAGCAACCUCUCCUUCAUCCUCAACAAGCCCCACGACGUCGAGUUCGCCGAGCGCCCCAUCCCCAAGCUCUCCGACCCCCACGAAGUCCUCGUCGCCGUCAACUACACUGGUAUCUGCGGCUCCGAUGUCCACUACUGGGAGCACGGCGCCAUCGGCCACUUCGUCGUCAAGGAUCCCAUGGUCCUCGGCCACGAGUCCGCUGGCACCGUCAUCCAAGUCGGCGAGAACGUGAAGAACCUCGUAGUUGGCGACCGCAUCGCCCUCGAGCCCGGCUACCCCUGCCGUCGCUGCGGCGACUGCCUUGCCGGUCACUACAACCUGUGCCCCGACAUGCGCUUCGCCGCGACUCCCCCCUACGACGGCACCCUGGCCGGUUUCUGGACCGCCCCCUCCGACUUCUGCUACAAGUUGCCCGACAACGUCUCCUUGCAAGAGGGAGCUCUGAUCGAGCCGUUGGCUGUUGCCGUUCACAUCACCAAGCAGGCCCAGAUCACCCCUGGCGCCUCCGUCGUCGUCAUGGGCGCUGGUCCUGUCGGUCUGCUCUGCGCGGCCGUCGCAAAGUCAUUCGGUGCCACCAAGGUCGUCAGCGUCGAUAUCGUCCAGUCCAAGCUUGACUUCGCCAAGGACCUCGCCUCUACUCACACCUACCUCUCCCAGCGCGUUUCCGCCGAGGAGAAUGCCAAGGCUCUCAUCAAGCAGUGCGACCUCGGCGCGGGAGCCGACUGCGUUAUCGACGCCAGCGGUGCCGAGCCCUCUAUCCAGACCAGCUUGCACGUUGUCAGGAUGGGCGGCACCUACGUCCAGGGCGGUAUGGGCAAGUCCGACAUCAACUUUCCCAUCAUGGCUCUGUGCUUGAAGGAGGUUACUGCUCGCGGCAGCUUCCGCUACGGCCCUGGCGACUACAAGCUCGCCAUUGACCUCGUUGCCAACGGCAGCGUCAACGUCAAGAAGCUUAUUUCCGGCAUUGUCGAGUUCAAGCAGGCCGAGGAGGCCUUCAAGAAGGUCAAGGAGGGUCAAGUGAUCAAGAUCCUCAUCGCUGGUCCCAACGAGAAGGUCGAUGGAACUUUCAGCACCGAGGUGGACCCCAAGAAGGCAGCUGAGAACGGCAACCAGGGUGGAUGCUGCUAAGCGAUCGACGGAGAUCUCCAAAGUUAGAUAGAAGAAAGAAGCAAUGACUGGUGGGCGGAUGAUAACGAAAAAAAGAGUUGGGCGUAAUGGGUGGGUUUGCGAUGUAUUUCUCGGCGCAUGCAGCAUGUACGGGUUUUGAUGAAGAGGGGUGAGGGUGGGACAGCAUUGUAUGUUUGCAUUGGAUAAGUAUGAUCAACGAAAGAUUCAAUCACUUUUUGCAUUUCAUGGACUUGUUCCCGCGUGUCUCAUCCCGGUUCCGGCUGUGCUGGGGAGUUGACAAGAUUGACCGACGUUGAGAAAGCUAG